GGGAGAGGACACGUGCGAACGAGCGAGAGCAAGGACGAAGCCGUCGAGGGUUGAGGAGGCCCUCCCCCUCGGCGCGCCUCCUCUUCCUACUCCGUCCCCCGUUCGCCUGCUCUCACCCCUCCUCCCCCCGUGUCUCUUUCCCUCUUUCUGGAUAUUGUAUAGAGAACGUUAUGCUAAAGUAUGCAUGCACGAGGGUCGGUCCAAUGGUCAGGAAUCUCGCGAGUUCGUUCGUUCUGCGGCGGCACGUAUCCGGACUCGCGUUACUCCUUCGUUCCGAUACUCGCGGAUCGCGACGACGUCACGUUCUUAUUACCGUCGUUCGUAUCGUCAUCAUCGCCGUCGUCGUCGUCGUCGUCAUCGUCGUUGUCGUCGUCGUCGUCGUCAUGAGUGUAGCGGGGGAGGCGGCGCUACGCCGCGACGCGCGUGCACUUCCGGUCGACCGGUAAGGUGGAGAUCGGCCCGGCCUUACGGCGACGAGAGGGGGUGACUGGCGGGGGAUGAUUCAGCGUAAUGACGAUCGGCCUGAAUUGUUGCGAUGGAAUAUGGGAUCUGGGGUCUUCACGUCGCGGGUGAACUUUGGGGCGACCCGCGUCUCGCCCGAAGGCACCCGAUUCUGCCUCCCGGCGCGACGCAAAUACUACCGAGGGCCGCCUUCGCCCUGAGUGCCCUUCAUCGGCCGGAUAUGCUGCCGCUGCCGUUGACGGCAGCUGGACCGCCCUACGCUCCCAUAGAGCUGGUCACGAAGCCGUCGGCCGUGUCCAAGGAUGUCGAAGAUGCCGAGAAGGGCGCGAACGCCGAGGACACUCCGCAACGCGAUGACAACGAAGGGAACAUCGAAAAGUCCGAUCAAAACGAAAACCAGACCUACGUGCCGAACGAAAAUCAUGACAACGAAGACGCUGGCGAUGAGAGCGACACCGGGAGCACCAACAGUUCGCAUCGAUCGGCCAACAACAAUCUACCCACGAAGCUACCCGAUCCAAUGUCAUGCUUGGCCCUUGAUAAGGAAGGAGCGGUGACGCCAGUUCUGAACGGCUGGGUGUUGGGUGCGUACACAGCGAUGUUGGGCAGACUCUCCGCCGCCACCGCGGCAUUGGAAGCUACAGAAGCUUCCAAUGUCGCCUCCGAAAGUGAUUCCGAGAGCGAGCACUCGUCCUACACGGAGAAGUCAAGAGGCAGCAGUCCGAACGUGAGCAGUGUUCACCGCGGCUACUCCUGUGGUUCCUGCGACGUGGUAGCACCGACGAGGCCGGCCUUGAGGAAACACAUAGCCGAUUGCCACCCAACUUUAUCCAGCACGGAGACCGGCGAGGCCAAGAGGUGUCCAUCCACGGGCUGUGACUUCACGACGAGCAGCAGAUGCGAGAUGGAGACCCACGUGGCGGCGCACGUGGCCCAGGGGAUGACGCCAACGGGGAAAAAACGCUCGUUGGCCUUGCAACGCGUCAGGUAUAGAUAUGAGAGGGAGGAGUACCGAUGUUCGCUCUGUUCGUACGCGUGCACGAUCGAGAAGGCGUUCCAGAGACACCUGCGAGCACACGCAAGGGGCACGGCGCCGGAGACUAGGGUGAGCUGUGCCGUUUGCGGCGCCGACAGGUCCUCCGAAGUCGACCUCAGCAGGCAUAUGCGAAGGCAUCGCGACGACCGAUACUUCUGCUGCGACAUCUGCAUCUUUCGCACAGUGCAAUUGAAGAAGUUGAUACAACAUCGGCGCAUGCACACAGGCGAGAAGCCGCAUCUCUGUCCGCACUGCGCUUACCGGAGCGCGCGUCGCGACAACUUGCGUAGCCAUGUCCGGCGAGUACACAAGAAGGAGAAUCUCUACUGCGACACCUUCAGCCCGCGCGGCAUGCUGAUCAGUCCCUCGCUGUUGGCGAGGGACACCAGCCUGACGCAGAGUCCGGCGUCCUCGCCAUCUCCAAAUCCAGACGUGACGAACUAGCGAAAACGCCUCUGCAGAACAAAGAAGAAGCCAGCGGUCCCAGAAGCGCCGCGAGAGGAAGAUCGCGGGGCUCUUCGGCCCCUCACACGUCCUCAUUUUGUCAAUACUGCGAUCUAGAUAAUUAGAAUUCACAGGGAAGCCUUGUAGAAAUACUGAACUUGACAAACAGUCGGUCUAGACGAAUUGUCAAGAGAAUAUCACGGUCAGAUGAGCAUCGAUGAGUUCAACAAGAUGAGUUGGCAACUGUAAUCGCAGUUUAGCGAUAAUAUAACAAAUGUAGCGGAUGAGAUAUAAGAUAACGCAAAAGGUAAAAAUAGAGAAGGUUGCUUAAAAUCCACUGGCGUGGAUUCAGAAAAGAGGAACUCAAGCAGGAAACAUAAUCGAAGGUAGAUUGUUCUCCGGAUCAGCAUCGGCAAGGCUUCCCUUAUUAGACGCUAGGGAACGUAUAGAUAAUUGCAUGCGAACGUCGAUAAUUUAAUGUAACCUUUGAAUUCUAAUGAGAUCUUGCAUUAGUUAUAAACGUCGAAGUGUUACAUUGCGCGGUCGAUCCGUCGAUCGGAUCGACCGUUCGCCCGUUCGUCGAUCAGUGUCGACGAACGAGCAGAAAAAGCUGCGAGAUGGUGCUAGAAUCAGUAGACUGAAGGACUGAAGGAUCACGGAAGAAAGACUGAAAGUAGAAACGAUUCACGGCGCGACGUGUGAUGUCCAUCACUUUUAUGCUCCUUCGCACUGACCGCCGUGACUAAAAAAAAUUACGAUUCAGCGAAGUUUAAGACUGCAACUCUGUGCUGUUCCAGGGAUUCUCGUAUCGAUGUCGUGACGCUAUAAAGAUGCAAGAUUUAUUGCCUCUCAUUAGCUACUUGGUCGUCGAUUAUUUUGACGUAACCUCUAAAAAAUCUACUUCAACCUAAAUUUUAAUUCUCCAAUGUUGUGUGAUCUUGAUUUGAACUUUCCAGACUUCAUUUUAAUUCCGACUCAAAUUAGUUGUAAUUUUAAUUAGGUCAGAUCUUAAUUUAUAAUUUUAAUUUCAGUAGUCACUAGAGAUCUAUCUACAUAUCGCAAUUUUGUUCGUAUCAAUUGACGGAUUCGAGUAAUAACUCGUAAUGCUCGCACGCACGGUGAGAUGUACACUUGAGACACUAUUAUAUCGGGUCAAUAAUUAUCGAGACUGAAUCAUCGGGCGCACACGACAAUGUUACGAGAACUCUGGAUGGAAAGGUGCUAUUUUACAAAGAUUCGUUUUGACGUUAUGUACUAGCGUAUAGUUCGCUCUCGCACAAAUCGCCAAACUAUAAGUAAUUGUUAAGUACUUGUUAAUGCGAACACAUUGUUAUCGCUGCCUAAUUUGCUGGUCGUUUUAUUACCGAUUAACGAUUCGAGAACAACGCGUUAUUACGAUUAUAUUAUAGCGACUGCGAGCAGAUAGAGUAUGUAUUAUAUCGCGGGGGAUCGCGCCUAACGCGUUUUGCACAUAUAGACUUUUUGUAUCCGCAGAAUUCAAGCACCUACACAUAUAGAUCCGUCGAUUCAGAAAUCUAUACAUUCUUAAGGGGAUGCUGAAGCUGAAAACUUUACCGACAGAACACUGAUAUUUCUCUGCAAAGUUUACGUCGUAUUGGUUACACAGAAUUACAAAUGCUUUUAUGCAAUGAAAGUACGUGCAAAAAUAAAUAGGAGCAUUGCUCGAUAUGUGACGAAAAUGAAGAAAAAAUUUUUAAUGUAAAAUCUCAAGCUGUCAGUUAGCGUAAUAUUUGCCCAAUUCAAAAGUUUCGUGACUUGUACAUAUCGAAAGUGUGGCUACUCCAAGCAGAAAAAUUUUGAAGAACAUUGCUCUACCUUUGCAUCUGCAUUUGGAAGCUUAAGAAUAUCGAAAAAGUUUGCAGAAAGAUUUCUACACA